AUGUGGCCAUUUGAACAGAUUGCAGCUUUAUUCGGAUAUAAAAGUCCUCCUCCUCCUCCUCCUCCUCCUCCUCCUCCUCCUCCUCCUCCUCCUCCUCCAUCUUUGGAGUAUGAUGAGCCAUGGAGGAAAAUAGAUUGGGAGUCUAAAAACCUGUUAGAAACACUGAACAAUUUCCAGCCUGUGAACUCAGAUGUCAACCCUCUCAGGAUCCUUCUCCAUGGGCCAGUAGGAGCUGGGAAAUCAAGCUUCAUCAACUCAGUGGACAGUUGUCUUGAGGGCCGCAUAACUACCAGAGCUGUGACAAAUUCAGUACUUGAAGGAGGAACUUUUACUUUGGAGUGUAAAACCUUCAAGUUGAAGAAGACUGAUUCAUUCUACCCCUUCACACUUACUGACAUCUGUGGUCUUGAAGAUAAAGAAGGGAUACAGACCCAGGACAUCAUCAAACUAUUAAAUGGUCACAUCAGAAAUGAUUACACUUUUAACUCAGCAAAAGCAAUUUCUGAAGAAGACCCAAAGUACAACAAGAACCCCAGUCUGAAAGACAAGAUUCACUGUCUGGUUUCUGUUCUUUCCGCGAACAGUAUAACUAGAAUGGAUAAAAAUGAGGGGGUCAUAAGAAAAAUGAAAGAAGUUCGGAGAAUUGCAUCAAACUUGGGCAUUCCUCAAGCCAUCAUCAUGACCAAGGUGGAUGAGGCAUGUCCACUGGUUAAAGCAAAUCUAAAGGAAAAGAUCUACACAAGCAAGAAAAUGAAAGAGAAGAUGGAGUUGUGUUCCAGCACACUAGGAGUUCCUGUGAGCUACAUCUAUCCUGUAAAGAACUAUCAUGAGGAACACACCACAAACAACACAGCAGAUUUUCUGAUUUUAGAUGCAUUACAAUGUAUUGUCAACUUUGCCAAUGAUUAUGUGAAGGACCAAGUAGACAAAGACUGACAAAGUAGACCUGAAGAGGAAAUGUACCCAUAGAUACUUUCUUCUAUCCUAACUUAAAGAGAUUGAUUGAUGCUAAAUUCUGAGUUGCUCAAGGUGGUGAAAUAUAAUAGUUUAGUUAUAAUAGUUGGUGACAAGGUAAAUUUAGUUUUGCCUUUAUAAAAUAGUUUUUAUUCUAUUAUUAUUUUCAAAUGUGCUAUUCAUUUCAGUUUAGUUUUAAUUAGUUUCAUUAAGAUUUUGUUAGUUUAGUUUUUUUUGUGAACACAUUACUAUUCACUAUUUCCUUUAAUUGUUAUUUUAAAUUCUCAUGUAUCUUUGUUUUUAUUGUGAUUUUAUUGUGUGCGCUUUUAAAUUCAAAUCACUUUUACUCCUGUUUUAUUCUUUUAAACAUAUUUUAAACUGUUUUUAUUAAAAUCACAUGAAUAAUUCUCAAGUAAAACAUUAAAUUCUUCUUCUUUAGG